AUGAUAGAAAUAGAAACAAUUAAAGAUCAAAGAUCUGUUAAGGUGGGCAAUGUGGAGUGUGCAACAAUUGUUCAUAACCAGUGGCGUAUCCUCAGAGCAACCUCCACAUUGUCUCCUAAUGAUGAGCUGGAGAAGUCCCUCCGGAAGUAUGUGAUGAGAAACAUUCUGGAGAAGACUGACGACAACCAACCUCUAGAAUAUUUAUCUGAGCUUCAGCCAGUCACAAUUGUCUUUGUGAACCUGCAGUUUGACAAAAGCGCCAAUACCUUGCAUCUGUGCAAGGCCAUCCACGAUGCCAAUGUGAAGAUCUCAAACAUCAUCCACGUCUUCAGCGGCAAAAUCAACAAAGUCUUUAUUUUUGACAAAGGCUGCACAUUCCUGUGUGUGUUCGGGCUCCCUGGGGAUAAGCAGGCUGACGAGAGCGCCCAUGCCUACAGCGCAUUUAAAAUCUUCAACUUCUGUUCUGAGAUGCUCAUGAAAAUAAAGCUAGUUUCCAUCGUGGUUACCAGCGGGCCAGUGUUCUGCGGAGUAGUUGGCCAUCAUGUAAGGCACGAAUACACAGUCAUUGGCCAGAAGGUGAAUCUCGCUGCCCGGAUGAUGAUGUAUUAUCCGGGGUUAGUGUCCUGUGAUGCACUGACCUAUGCCAACUCCAGGCUGCCUCAUUACUUCUUUGAAGAGCUCCCCCGGACUGAGAUGAAAGGAGUUGUGAAUCCCGGCGUGGUCUAUCAUUAUCUUGGCAUCAGUGAGAAACCAAUGAUUGGCCAAGCGCAGCUCACCAAGGAGAGGUCUGAGUAUUACCAGUUACUGGGUCGGGAAAAAGAGCUUGAAAUCUAUAACUCUUCGUUGAAAGGAUUUGUGGGGUCUACAGAAGGCCGCGUCCUAAUGUAUGAAGGCCUUACUCCAUAG